GAGAGCAGAGGAACUUCAAAGAGAUUUAACAUCCCACUAUCCUUCAUUCAUUAAGCCUAUGGUUCGAUCACAUGUAUCUGGUGGUUUUUGGCUUGGACUUCCGACAAAGUUUUGCAAAGAAAACUUUUCUCCUAAUGAGCUGAGAGUGAUUCUAGAAGAUGAGAAGGGUAAGGAACAUGAUGUCCUGUACCUUGGGAGGAAGAAUGGUCUUAGUGGUGGAUGGAGAGGCUUUGCAAUAGAUCAUAAUUUAGAAGAUGAGGAUGUCUUAGUAUUUGAACUAAGCGAGCCGACAAGAUUUAAGGUACGCAUUAUAAAGGCGAUUGAGGGAGAAUCACCUAAAACCGACAAACUUGCAGAUUGUGCCGCUGCACUUUCCAAGACUAAAGGAUCGAGUGGAACGAAGGAGGAAAUUCAGGCAGUUUCGAAGAAACGAUCCCUCAAAACUGGCUCCGCGAAGGAAGCGCUAAAGGCAACAAAAUGCUGA